UUCAUAUCAGUUUUGAUUUGGUGAUGUUUCAUAUGGAUGUCCCAGUACAACCCAGAAUUUCCAGCCUGGCACAUGCCCCAUUGUGCAAAAUACAGUCUCUUCCCCAAAAGAGUUUCAUGGUGCUGCAAUGAAAAACCUCAGAGCCAAACCAACUGCUCUCUGUGAUGUCCUGUGAAACUGGGCAGAGACACAACACUUUUGGACAAUUAAUUAGGAGGAUAUUUAUACACAUGAUAAACAUAGUAGCUAUGUACUGUGAACAAACUAUAGGACUCAGCUUUUCACAGAGAUGAGUUGAGGACAGUCUGAAAAGGCCUAUGAAAAUCAAUAAAAUGAAGUGUGGAGAACAGCUGUGCAAAGUUGUGUGUGUGUGUGACAGGUGCCUGUGAGAAGAUAUGUGUAUCUUUCAAGGGAGCAUUUCACAAGAGUAGGGACUCCUAAGAAGAGAAGCUGGCAAGUCCAAACUUGAAUUCUGACUACAGGAAAUAGAAAGAAAAUUACUUUUUUAAACACUGAGUUUUUAAUACCAUUAUUCUUUCACAACAGCCCCAAUCCACAAGCAGCUGACAUCUCAGAAAUACUCAGCCAAAUGGCAGAAUAAUUUCCUGUCUUUAAUAUCUAUCUUACAUUUCUCUUGUUUUACAACAAGCAUACCACCUUAUUGAAAACCCUUUGAGUUUCAAUGGAUGCUCCAUGUAUGCAGAAUCUGACCUGUAAUGUCAUAAUCCUACCUGAAAUAAAGGACAGUGCAAACAAAUAGAAAAGGAAACUCACAUUUUUUGCUACUCAAGAUCUCAAAUUUUAAGGCAUCAGAAUGUUAACCUUUAUUUUGUUACUGUGCUGAAGACCUCAAAGAACUGCCAUAAGAUGAUUAAAAAAAAGAGAACAUAAUGUAAUCCUGAUUUCAAGUAAGUAUUUCCCAAGAUAUUUAUCUUGGGUGAAAAGUAAAUAUAAAAGCUCCAAAACUAAUAUUAGAGUUCAAGCAACUGGUUUAAGAUAGAACUCUGUCCAUGCUUAUAUCCUUACCAACAUAUUACUCACCAGAAAAAUUCUUCAUGAACAAAAAAGGCUUCGUAAAAUUCAGACACUCCUCAUCAAAGGCAGACAAUCUGGAAUGUAAGCAAUCCCACAGAGUUAACGAGUCAGUCAAUACAAGUAUAGCCCUUAUCCAUUACCUACUGAAUUCAGCCCAGGGCCCCAAGUCAAGUAUUUAAUUCAUUCACAGCCUUAGAUUUACUCUGGCAGGAUUCAGAAUGGGAGCCACGCUUUGGCAGUCAGCCUGAAAGAUAAUGACCUUUAUUGACAUUGCUGUAAUUUGCAUUUUGUGUUUGCUGUCAAUUAGGAAUGAUGCGAUACCUAUUGAUUUUUGCUGAAGCAGCACAAUGAUUCUCAUCCUCAGGGCUGGAUGAACUCUGCCUAGGGUGGAAAUGAAGCCCUACUGAUGGUGAAAGUGGCUACACAGCUUUCCUUGUGCUCUCAGAGGACUACAGAUUACUGGAAAUAGUUUCUGCCACUUUGACCAGGGGCCCUGAGAGCAACACAGACAGUUGACCACUGUUAUGUUUUGUGGCCUGUCCUAACAUAUGAAAUUUGCCUCCCCUUCAGAAAUCUAUACCUCAGUCAUACAAAUCUCUUGGGAACAAGCCGGGACCCAGGAUACACUGAGAGCCCUCUUCACUUUGUGGAGUAUGGAGAGGCUGGCAAGGGCAGAGGAGGACAGCUGCAUCUGCAGGCUGUGUUCAACAUCAGGGAACAGCAGCUCAGGAAUCAAGCUCUCCAGGAGUCCGAGAUGUGCAUCUUUCUGGAAAGGGUUAACAGGCAGCCACGUGCCUGCUGAAGGCCCAGCAAACAGGGAUGGUUGCCUGAGCCCAAGGGAUGAACUGUUAGCACUAAAUGUACAACCACUGAAAGACCUGUCCAGAAAGGAGGCUGAGUCUGUCCUUCCCUCAGCAACACGGCUGGUGAACAUCAUGAUGGCUCACAAAGAAACACCAGCACGUAAGGAAAGGCCUUUGGAAAUACAGAAUGGUUUUCUGCACGGUAAGGCUGCAUGCCAGCGGACUCGCAGUAACUCCACCAGUGCCAGCCCGCUGUGGGCCGGGGCUCUGGAGGGCCCGGCGCCGCGCAGAGCUGCGCCCCUCAGGGACCGCCAGCCCCUCGCCCUCCACGCCGGCCGAAAAUCGCUGUCACAGCAGCUGGAUUGCCCUGCAGGGAGAGCCCCGGCAAUUUCAAGGCCAUCUAGAUCCCUAAGUACAGCACAACUAGUGCACACAUCCUGUGGCUCACAGGCUUCAGUGAUUUCAAACAUUGUAUUGAUGAAAGGACAAGGGAAGGGUUUGGGCUUCAGUAUCGUUGGUGGUAAAGACAGCAUUUAUGGACCAAUAGGCAUCUAUGUCAAAACCAUCUUUCCUGGUGGAGCUGCUGCUGCUGAUGGAAGGCUACAAGAAGGUGAUGAAAUCCUGGAACUGAAUGGAGAAUCCAUGCAUGGAUUAACACAUUAUGAUGCUUUACAGAAAUUUAAGGCCAAAAAGGGCCUUCUGACACUUACAGUCAGGACAAGCUUCAGUACACCUCAUUCUGCUUCCAGCUGUCAGUCACCCCUCUUGUGUCAGUCACUGAGCUCCAGUACAUGUAUAACCAAGGAAAACAGCUCUUUCAGCUCAGAAAAUGCAGCAUUCUCCUUAAAUCCUACAAAGCCAAAUGACAGGGUCAUAAUGGAAGUUACCCUAAACAAAGAGCCGGGUGUUGGCCUUGGAAUUGGGUUAUGUAGCAUCCCUUACUUCCAGUGUAUUUCAGGGAUCUUUAUUCACACCCUCUCGCCAGGCUCAGUGGCACAUAUGGAUGGGAGACUCAGGUGUGGAGAUGAAAUCCUUGAAAUUAAUGAAACUUCAGUACAAAAUACAACCCUUAAUGAAGUUUAUGCUGUGCUGAGCCAUUGUGAUCCUGGUGCAGUACAAAUCAUUGUCAGCAGACACCCUGAACCACAGGUUUCUGAGCAACAGCUAAAAGAAGCUGUUGCACAAGCUGUGGAAAGCAACAGAUUUGGAAAGGAGAGACACCAAUGGAAUACUGAAGGUGUUAGGAGGCUGGAGAUGAGCUGGCACGGGAGGCAGCCCUGUGAGAAGCACAUGGACAGGAGCACGGGCUGCUGCAGCCGCAGGGCACAGCGGCUCAUGACCCGCUCCAGCAGCGACAGCAGCUACAAUCCCCGGGCCCCCUGUGCCCCUGCUGCUGUGCACCAGCUCACAGACUUCAAAGCAAGAGUACACAGCGUAGAUGUACCAAUCACCCAGCAGCCUGGGCUGCUCUACUCAUUCUCUGCCAAUAAUUCAGGGAGAAAUUCCCCUCCCACCUGUUGUGAAGGUGGUCGAGCCUUGCAAAACACUAAGAAGUCAUCAGAGAUCCUCGUUAGAAAACCCAAAUCAUCAAAGCCCAAACCUCCACCAAGGAAAUACUUCAAGCAGGACUGCACAUGUGAUGACCAGGGUAAUGCAGACAGAAAAGAGAAGCUUGUAUCAGAAGUGGCUGCAUCACCUUCUGCAAGUGUGCAGCAGGAAGUUGGAGAAGCAAUGCUAGAGGGACAUCAAACCGAUGUAACCCACAGUGUCUUCACCACUUCUCCUACUGCAUGUGAUAAGGACCACACAGCUGCUGCUCCAGUGGGCAGAGAUCAAGAAAGAAAAGAAAAAUUAGGGACUCCACUUUCAUCAAUACAAAGGCCUGUACUUAAAAGACAAGCACGGGUAGAUUAUAGUCUUGAUACAACAGAAGACCCCUGGGUUAAAAUUUCUGACUGCAUAAAAAGCUUAUUUAAUCCUACCAUGAGUGAAAACAACGUCCACUUAGAUUUGCAACCUGGCAUAGACAAAAAAAAAGAGAAUCAAAAUCGGAGCAGCUCAGAGACAGUUCUGAAGAAAUCAGAAUCAGAAUUAGUGGGUUCCAAAGUGCUAAAAUCAGAUGAAAAUGACAGUGUGAAAAAAGGUCCUCCUGUUGCACCAAAGCCCACCUGGUUCCGCCAAAGUCUGAAAGGAUUGAGGAAAGCAAAUUCAGAUCUAAAACCACAGGCAGAUCAAAGUCCUCCCAACCAUGACAGUAUUUCCAGCAAAAAACUGCAAUCCGGCUUAUCACGUGUGUCUCCUGGAGGAUCAUCAAUAAAACAAAGAAUAAGCUCAUUUGAGUCCUUGACUGCUCCACAGUCACCUGAAAAAACCCCCCGAAGAUUGACUUCUGGGGGGGUGCAGAAAGAACCAUCGGUGCAGAAAGAACCUUCUCGCCCUGCAGCAGGGGCAGAGGCAGCUCCAGCCUGUUCAAACCAACCCCUCCUCCCACAUCAUGAAAACAGCCGCCAACAGCCACCUGUGGCCAUGGCUACAAAGAGCCUGGAUAGAUCUUCCUCUCGCAGGGAGAGUAUUGCCAGACCAGAGAAAACCAGCUCGGAGAAAAGCAGCAAUGCCAGCACUGAGAGCUCCUCAAGUCUCCUGACUCCAGGAGUUAACUCCGUUAACUCCCAUCUUGUGUCAGUAGCGAAAGCGCACAGCCUAAGGUCACGAAGCUUCCCUCUCACUGCUGCCCAGGCUUGUGAGAUCAUGAAGCCAUUUGAUGAGAAGUGUAGCAAAAUCUAUUCCAUCAGCAACCAGGUGUCAUCUGCUUUAAUGAAAUCAUUGCUUUGCCUUCCUCAGUCCCCAGCCUCUUCUGGAAACAGUGCAUGGGAAACUCUGGACACAGUGUCUCAGUCCUCCAUGGAGGAGGAUGGGGCUUCCACCUCACCCGCGAGAGAGAACCAUCACCUGGACACUGGCUUUUCCCUAAACCUCUCAGAGCUGAGGGAAUACACAGCGAGCCUGGCAGACAAAGGGAAGGAGGAAGACAAACAGGAACAGGGCUCACCUCAAGCAUCCGGUGUGUUGGGGCAGUCAGUCAUCUCUCUGCUUUCCCCGGAGGAGCUGGCAAAGCUUAUAGAGGAAGUCAAAGCCCUAGAUGAAGAAACCUUAAAGGAACUUGAUGAUAUUCAUGUUACAGUUUUGCAUAAAGAAGAAGAUACUGGGCUUGGAUUCAGCCUGGCAGGAGGCAUUGAUCUAGAAAACAAAGUGGUAACAGUUCACAAAGUAUUUCCCAAUGGACUGGCCUGUCAGGAAGGAACUAUUCAGAAAGGAGACGAAGUACUCUCCAUUAAUGGGAAGUCUCUGAAAGGUGCAACUCACAGUGACGCCUCAGCAAUCGUACGACAGGCCCGGCAAGCCAGACAAGCUGUUGUUGUCACCAGAAAAUCCAAAGAUGGAGGAAAAAAUCUCAAUGUUUCAAUCAGCUCUAGUACAUCAUCAGUAGCAAGUGAUGCCUCACAAGAGUCUGCCACUGGGGAUACAAUCUGCACUGUAACUCUGGAAAAAACAUCUGCUGGUUUAGGAUUCAGUCUGGAAGGAGGGAAAGGCUCUAUUCAGGGAGAUAAACCCAUCAUCAUCAACAGGAUAUUUAAAGGGACUGCACUGGAACAGAGCAGCCCUGUUCAGCCUGGCGAUGAGCUCCUACAAGUGCACACAAGUGCCAUGCAAGGACUCACUCGUUUUGAGGCGUGGAAUGUCAUCAAGGCAUUACCUGAUGGGCCCAUCACAGCCAUCAUCAAGAGGAAGAAUUGCAGCUCUGUUACCAGCAAGUCAUCCAAAACUUUGUAAGAGGAGGGAUUAGACUACUGCCAAUAUUCAAACAAAGGAUUUUAUUACUUGCAGGCACUUGGCUGCCUCAGCAAGAUACUCAGAAAGCACCCACGAGGAGUACACUGGAUCUUACUGCCAGUUACAAAGCUGUCUGGGAUUAACUAAAAUGUGCAGGAAAUGGGCAUGAUUCUUAUUUCAUCUUUUCUUCAGAAACAGAUGUUACAAAGUGUAUAAUUAUAAAAUAAUGACUUUGUUAAUAAUAUAGUGGUUGUAAUAAAAUAUAUCACAACUAUAAUACUCUCCUAGUACUCUCCUAUUUUCAGCUAUUAAUUUAACCAAUAUCAGAAGCAGAUCCUGUACUAAAGUUUCAGUGCCUACUCUCCAAGUCCUGUUCCCUACCUUACCUUCUCAGCAACAAGAAGUUUGUCUGAGCCUACAACUAAACACUGCCUUAGAGAAUGGGUAGGGCAGAGAAAGGGGUCACAGUUUUGUGUGUCAAAACAUUCCCUAAAAAAUUCCAGAUUUCCUAUUAAAAACACAGAACAUUCAGGACAGCCAAAACCUGUCAAAAGUGACUUUCUACUAGCAGCUGACAGAGCCAUCUCAACUGCAGCAGGCAAACACAGGGUGGAAAGGAGUUCUCAUGGUGUUCCAAGGGGGAGGCAGGAAGAUGAGGGAAAUGUAGUGGAAAUUUUCCUAAACUUCCUCUGGCCAGAAGACUACAGCAGGAGAAUAACAAAGCCAUUCAGAACAAAAUCUUACCUUCUAUCAAUAUAUUUUUCUUUUAAAUGUCUGUGUUAAUUUUGCCAGGAAAAGUAUCAGUGGAGUAAUUGUGAAUCCAAGUACUUCUGAACUGAAAUGUUUAUUCUGGAAAGGCUAAAUAACUUGGAGACAAAUCUAUGCUUCAAACACUGCUUCCUAUAUGCACUGUAUGGAAUUCUACCAGCAGAACAGGUACCCAGGGCAAGAUGUGCAUGCACCCACUUGGUCUUCUCUGACCUGCUUCGUUAAAGGGAGAGAGAGAUGCAAGGGCAGGACGGAAGCGAUGACUCCUCAGCUGAGAGCCAGAUGGCUGAUCUGGUUAUUGUCCUUGGCUGCUCACCUUCCUGGAGAUGGGAAUUUUCUGUACCGUUCUUUGGUUACCUGAUUUCACCAGGAAUAAGUUAAGGAGCUCAGGAGCUGUCUUCCAUACACUUAACACAAUGCCUCAAAAACAGCAAUUAAGAGAAAGGGAAGGAUAGACAGGAGAAAUCAUUAAUUAAAUCCAGGCAUUGAACUUGCCGUGGCCUUUUCUCACAAGACAGCUGUAAAUGAAUCCUUGAAAGAACAUUCUUGACAAGCCAUCUGUCCCCACACUUCCAAACACUUACUCAGCUAUGCUCCCUUUCCCAAAAAAUAACCUCUAUCUCAAAACAAAAAUUUUAUUAGUUGGGUAGAAACCAAAGUAAGACAAAAAUGUGAGAGCAAAUCUUCUUAUACUUUUUUGAAUUGGUACCUACAUACAAGUCUUUGCCAAAAUAUUUCCAACUCCAAUUUGGCAGGGCAGAAGGCUGAAUAUGACGGGCUCUUAAUUUCUGGAUAGAAGGUGAUGGGCACUCAGAAAAGGGGUUUUUAAGUUAUUCCAUGAAGUGUCUCACCACCUUUAUUGCUCAAAGCAAUGAAAAAUAAAUUAUAUAUAGCUAAUAAGAAGCCACAUUAUCUGCAAAAAUAAUAUGCAUUGCUUGCAGAAAUAAUGAGUGGUGACCUCAGCUGCGCUUUUUGAACUUUCUGCUAAUUAAAUUAAUGUCAAGACUUGCCAAGAUAUUGUAAUUCAUGCCUAAAAACUUCAGUACACUUACAAAAAUAUGUAUAAGCCUCUGUAGUAUCAAGGGCCACAUCUCUUCUCAGUGAACUUGUUAUUCUUCCUAAGUAUAGAAAGCAGUAGUUGGAAAUAAAGAUCAACCAAGGGCAGAAAACCUUGAGGGUAAGUGUUCUCACCAAAACACCUCU